AUGAUCGUACCACGUCAAUCCCGUGCCCGACCGGUACACACCCCUUGCCGGGUCCCCCUUCAUAGUCACACCCCUUGCCUCCUCAUGCCAUCCGCUCCCCCCGCCCCCACCCUCCGCGUGCCCGCUCCCUUGCCGCCUCUUUUGACCCUCCCUGCCCCCCUCGCCGUUUCCCACCGCCCGCCAUUCGCUCCUCCCGCCCGUGCGCUCCCCUCGUUUACCUUCUCCUCCCCCCUCCCCUCCUCUGCUGCACGCCUCUUCCUUCCCCUCGCCGACCCACUCCACUCCCUGCCCCUCCUCAAUCCGCACCCUGCCCCUCGUAUCUCGCCCCCCUAUGCUUGGUUUCUCCCCUCCCUGCCCCUCGCCGCCUUCUCCGCUCCCCACCUCCCCCUCUCCCUGCCCCCCACUCUCCCCCCUUGCCCUUGGCUUCCUACCUCCCUGCCCCACCUUUUCCCCCUCCGUGUGCUCAGCUUCUCCCCUCCCUGCCCCUCCCUCCUCCCCGCCCUGCCCUCAUUUUCCGCCCCCCCACGCCCGGUUUCUCCCCUCCCGCGCCUCCCUUUCUUUCCGUGCCUCUCCUUUGCUCCCUCCCUGCCCCCGCCUGCCCAUGCCCCUGUCUUUGGCUUCUCCCCUCCCUGCCCCACGUUUCUUCCUCCCUGCCCCCCCUCUGCCCCUCCCUUCCUCUUCCCUCCCUGCCCCUCCCCUCCUCCCCCCCUGCCCUUUGCGUUCCCUCGUUACGCUCCCUUCUCCCCAUCCCUGCUGCCCUCUUGCCACCAUCAGCCCAUCCGCACCACCAGCCCCCCUCCCACCCUUCUCUCCCCCCCUCCCUUUCCCUCUCUCUCUCUCUCUCUCUCUUUCUCACACACACACGCACACUCCCCUCCCCCCACCCCCACCCACGUCCUCCCAUUCCGCCCCUCCCUGCCCCUUUCCCACCCCCUCGCACGCCCCUCACCUCCCACCUCCGUGCAACUGGUUUCCCCCCUAUGGUGCCUCCCUUGCAUCGCUCGCCCCUCUGCUCACCCUCUGCCCGCCCCUUUUCCGUGCCCUCAGCUGGCCCAGCCCCUGCCCGUUGCUGCCCCUCCCCUUGCCCCCUCAACUCCCCUGCCCCCCGUACACCCCAGUCCCAUCCAACCGCCCCCACCCUCCCCGGCUGCCCGUUUCCGCUCUCCACCCCCGCGACCGUGUGCGGCUUCCAACCGCCCAACGGUGUCACACCCCUGCACCUCUCAUGCCAUCCGCUCCCCCCGCCCCCACCCUCCGCGUGCCCGCUCCCUUGCCGCCUCUUUGACCCUCCCUGCCCCCCUCGCCGUUCCCACCGCCCGCCAUUCGCUCCUCCCGCCCGUGCGCUCCCCUCGUUUACCUUCUCUCCCCCCUCCCCUCCUCUGCUGCACACCUCUUCCUUCCCCUCGCCGACCCACUCCACCAUCCCUGCCCCUCCUCAAAUCCGCGACCCUGCCCUCGUAUCUCGCCCCCCUAUGCUUGGUUUCUCCCCUCCAUGCCCUCGCCGCCUUCUCCGCUCCCCACCUCCCCCCUCUCCCUGCUCCACCCCACUCUCCCCCCCUUGCCCUUGGCUUCCUACCUCCCUGCCCACCUUUCCCCCCUCCGUGUGCUCAGCUUCUCCCCUCCUGCCCCUCCCUCCUCCCCGCCCUGCCCUCAUUUUCCGCCCCCCCACGCCCGGUUUCUCCCCUCCCGCGCCUCCCUUUCUUUCUCCGUGCCUCUCCUUUGCUCCCUCCCUGCCCCGCCUGCCCAUGCCCCUGUCUUUGGCGUCUCCCUCCUGCCCCACGUUUCUUCCCUCCCUGCCCCCCUCUGCCCCUCCCUUGUUUUCCCCUCACCCAUUGCUUCUCCCCUCCCUGCCCUUGA